AUGUCCCCGUCUGCUUUUACCGUCAUGGACAUCUUACUUUGCAAAGCCCUUCUCACAAGGAACAUUGAUCGAGUUGCAAUGGCGAACCUUGUCAACAGCGAACCUAUCUCUGCCUUGACCUAUCCCCUCCCCAUCCACAAUGAUAUCAGAAAACCGCUGCAAAAAAAGAAUCCUGUGGCUGGCUCGGCGUUCGUUUCUGGACAUAGAGCAGUCUACAAAUGA